GUAUGCUGCAAGACCGCGUUCAUAGCUGCCCUGGUAUGGCACAAGAGCUUUCGCAAUAACCCUCAAUUUCUGACAUCUGAUGUGACAUCAUCUUACGCUGCUUGAUUCAAUGAGUUUGACAAGUUCUGUGAAUGAGGAGUCGAAAAGAGUCCUUACAUUACUCGACGAAAUUCAAGAGACGCAAUUGAACAUCCUGGAGAAGAUGGCCCGUCCAAAUGAAGCAUUUGAAGUGGAAAUGACCAAACUGAACGGCCUUGUUGCCGAUGUGGAACACUACCUCCCUAUACUGAAAACAUUGGCCAUCGACUGGCUGCACUUAAAGAGCAACAGCAAUAGUGUCGUGAACGGAACGCUACCCAACGCUUCGUCUCUUGUGCUUUUUAGAAUGCAAGCGAAUCUAGUCCUGUUUUCUAUCUUAAUUUCGACAGCUACAUGUUUGUUAUGUAAUCAAUGCGGUGGUGAACGAUAUGGGGGAGGUUUACGAUUGUUACGAGCUGCUUGUUGCACUCCUACCCCUAUUGAAUGUCCUGCUGGUCUAGUUUGCCUUCGAGCUGUCGUUACUUCCCCACAAAAAAGCUUUAUCCUAUCUGGUUGCCAUGUUCCUGAAGAUGGAUUGAUAGGUUGCGACAUCCAUUCUCUGCCUCACAACGCCACAAUUCAUCGAUGUACUUGCCUCGAUCAAUCUUGCCAAGCUUACUUUCCCAAUGGUGAUUGCCCUCGGGCCGUUCCUGCUCCUACUACUCGCACACGAAAAUUGCUUUCCACUACCUCUGCUACUCAAACUACCUCUACAACUACUCCCAGACCUUUUACUACUCCUUCCAUGCCUGACGCUUUGGAAUAUCAUUUUCUUGAACCAGAAACGACUAUCGCAGCAAUGGUAUCGAAUAGUGGACAUUGCCGAACGUUGACUGGAGCUUUGUUGAUUUUCUUUGUGCUUUUCCUUGGUGUCUCCUAACAGGAUUAUUUCUUUCCGCAACUAGUAUUCUCUCAU